AAUUGCUGCAGCCAAAGGUGGGCGAUCUGGAGCGGAGAUGAUCUCCUGGGGAGCUGCAGCGGCGUGGCAUCCUCCUCAUCUUGGAUCUCGCCAUGGUUCGUGAGCUAGCAGCCAGGUACCUGACCUAGAGCCCUGACCUAGAGACAUCCUAGGGGCAGGUAGUCGAUUGAGGUGAUUUCAUCCCCUGUGCAUGGAAUCCGGAAUCGUCUUGACUGCCCGACUUUGAAUCCAAUCACGACGUGACUCUAGCUGCAUCUAGCAUUCGUGGUUCCAGCAUUCGUGGGCUGCCGCAGAGCACCUGGAGUGGUAACACCUGGAGCUGAGGUGCGGCGACGCGUCACAGCGCUGCAUCCGCUACUGCAUCAGGGCUGCAUAGACGCCCACUGCCUUGUGCAGCGCCCGCCCGCUCGUCUCGCUUCUUUAAUUUGGCACCGCACCGCAACCACAACCACGCCUCAUCCACAAUUGCCCGAACCGGCUCCUUUCUUUACCCGUUCUCCUGAUUUAAUCCAUCAGCGACGACUCCUCGCCGUCUCAAUCAAUCCCCAGUCCGUCACCUGGCCUUCGUCCUGCCUCGUCCUGCCUGCUGCCUGCUGCCUGCCCUUGCGACCGACGCGAGUCGCCACCGCGAGCGACCGACACCCAGCGACCGAGCCGCCAGCUGAGCUCGACAUCGUCAGCAUCUCUCCCUGUCGAUUCCCGUCUCCAUCUCGACUUGCAUCUCCCCGCCCAUUGCACCAUCCACGCCAUCCCGCCCAGCACCCCUCCGACCCGACCGACACCAUGCCUUUCUCUCUGUGUGGAGGAAGCAAACAGGUUCAGCGCAAGCUCGUAUUGCUAGGCGACGGUGCUUGCGGCAAGACGUCGCUACUAAACGUCUUCACUAGAGGUUACUUUCCGACCGUGUACGAGCCAACGGUUUUCGAGAAUUACGUCCACGACAUCUUUGUCGACAAUGUUCACAUCGAGCUCUCGCUUUGGGAUACGGCAGGCCAGGAGGAGUUUGACCGCCUACGGAGUCUUUCAUAUGACGACACGGAUCUGAUAAUGCUAUGCUACUCGGUCGACAGCAAAGACAGCUUGGAAAACGUCGAGUCCAAGUGGGUGGGCGAGAUCGCCGACAACUGCCCGGGGGUCAAGCUGGUGCUGGUGGCGCUCAAGUGCGAUCUAAGGCAGGAGGCGGCUGAGGAGGCAGCCGACAACGCGGCGGCCGGUGGCUCCAAUGGGACGGCGGCCGACGGCCCGCAGACGUCGGGCACCAAGAACGCCGAGAAGAAGGAGAUGAUCACGUACGACACAGGUCUCGAGGUUGCGCGGCGCAUCAACGCCAUGCGGUACCUAGAGUGCUCCGCCAUGCGCAAUCGCGGCGUCAACGAGGCCUUCACCGAGGCUGCCCGUGUUGCCCUCAGCGUCAAGAAGGAUCGCGAAGAGAGCAAGUGCACCGUCAUGUAGGGCCUGGGUCGCCUGCUGCACGCGUGCUGCCCGUGCCUUGCUCCACCGUGCCCGAGCCCGUCGGACGGCGACGUCGAGCUGGUCGGACCGACGAGGGGUCGCUUGAGGGCCGCCGAUUCCCGGCCCUUUGCCCAAGCGACGACCAUGUAACACGAAAACACACGAAAGCUGGAGAGGGACGGAGGCUUGCGAUGGCGUUGAUUAUGGGAGAGCAUCCACUCCCAGUACGGUCGCGCCACAAACACGCAGCGUUUUUUUUUCUCGCAACGCCCGUCCCGCCACUACGCCUGGCCUGCCUGGCCCCUUGUUUUUCCUUUGCUAUUUACUACCCCUUCUGGUUGUGUCUUUUUUUACAUCGGCAUCUUUAUCCCCACCAAACGAUUCCCCCCGCAACUCGGCGUUAGUUUUGCCCUCCGUUUUGCUGCCAUCCUUCCCGGGUUCAGCCCGUGCUGCCUUCCUCGACUGGCGCUUAUUCACUACGAUCCUUCUAAUAGCCGUUUCCCUUUUUUUGACCCGAUUGCCAGCUUGAUUGCUUCCCCAUUUCCUCAUUAGAAUACUUGCUCUCACUGUCUUCGCCUUGGGGUGGGGGGCUUUCUCCAUGGAUGGGCUUUACGGCAAACGACCAAACACUAGCGAAUACAAAAAGCUGGAAAGGAGCUCGUGGCGUUUUUUUUUCUUUUCUCUUUUAUUCUCUCUCUAGUUCUUUGCUCUUUUGUCGACAUUCCGUGUAUAUGAUUCCUCUUGUUUUAUUACUGUGCACAUAGAGAGGUUUUUAAUACCCGGACCCGGGGCUAGCGUCUGCUUCCCGAUGCGUGUUGAUUGUGAAACAUUUCGAGGGCAUUCCCUUGACUGCAUGAAUGCCCUCGUACCAGAACAAAGGGCAAACGGAGUGUGUGGUUGACAAGGGUUUAGAAUUAUGGGUAUCAGAUGCACGCAUCCUCCCAAACAAGGCACCCACCUCGGCUUAGAUGAGAAUAGGUACAGAAAAGAAAGAAGGUAUCAAAC